UUUAUUUUGAAGGUUCUGCCCGGAAGUUGUUACAGAAAACAGGAAGCAGUCGCUGCAGACAAGCCUCUUUGAACUUUGCUGAUUGGUCCAGAGCUGCACUGCGACUCAGGUCAAAAUGUCACCAGCACGGCCGCCACCACUAGUCACGGGCAUCUCACCAAAGGAGGGACCAGCAUGGACCAAAGUGACCAUUCGUGGAGAGAACCUGGGCACAGGCCCAGCUGAUCUCAUUGGCCUGUCCAUCUGCGGCCAUAACUGCAUGCUGACAGCAGAGUGGAUGUCGGCCAGCAAAAUAGUGUGCCGUGUGGGGCCUGCCAAAGAUGACAAGGGAGAAAUCAUCGUCACCACAAAGUCCGGAGGCCUCGGCACCUCGACCGUCUCAUUUAAACUGCUCAGGCCAGAGAGGAUUGGUAUCCUGGAGCAGUCCGCCGUGUGGGUGGACGAGGUGAACUACGACAUGAGGACGAACCGCAACAAAGGAAUCUCCCCCUUCUCUCUGCGUCCCAGCAAUCCACUGGGCAUCGAGAUGGACAAGGGCAAAGUUCCACAGAAAGACCUGGAGCAGAUAUUUCCUGGAAUGAGUGGAGACUUCACCAGUGAGAACUUCUCUGCCUCCUGGUACCUUAUAGAGAACCACGCAGGCUCCGGAUUUGAGCAGCUGAAGAUUGCAGCCAGUAACCUGAAGAAGCAAGCGACUAAGAAAAACGAGGGAAGCCUGGCCUAUGUGAAAGGAGGCCUCAGCACAUUCUUUGAGGCUCAGGACGCUCUGGCAGCGAUCCACCAGAGACUGGAAUCGGAUGGAACAGAGAAAGUUGAGGGAUCGAUGACCCAGCGACUGGAAAACAUCCUAAAUCGAGCGAGUGAUACCGCAGAUACUCUCUUCCAGGAGGUCCUCGGACGGAAAGACAAGGCUGACUCCACACGCAAUGCGCUCAACGUGCUGCAGCGGUUCAAGUUUCUCUUCAACCUGCCGCUCAACAUAGAACGCAACAUUCAGAAGGGAGAUUACGACGUGGUGAUCAAUGACUACGAGAAAGCCAAAUCUCUUUUUGGAAAUACUGAAGUUGCAGUUUUCAAGAAAGUUUAUGCUGAGGUUGAGACCAGAAUCGAAGCACUGAGAAAUCUCCUGUUGGAAAAACUGCUGGAGACGCCGUCGACUCUUCACGACCAAAAGAGAUACAUCAGGUACCUUUCAGACCUGCAUGCCCCAGGGGACCCAGCCUGGCAGUGUAUCUACGCUCAACACAAGUGGAUCCUGCAGCUGAUGCAAAACUGCAGAGAUGAGUUCAUCAGCGGCGGAAGAGUGGGUGCCGGCGCUCUGGAUCUGGAGGGGGAUACCCGUCUGGCGGCGCUCGGCAGGCUCGGCCACUCCGCGUCUCUGAAAAGAGGGGGCAGUUUGCGGUCGGCGCGGCCCAGCACGUGGCGCUUUGAAACCCCACAGCAGGUGCAGUUUGUGGAGAAACUCUCAGACGUGGUGAUCGGUCAGCUGCCAAACUUCUGGAAGCUGUGGAUCUCCUAUGUCAAUGGAAGUCUUUUUAGUGAGACUGGAGAGAAAUCUGGCCAGGUGGAAAAGUCCAAGAAGAACGCCAGACAGAGACAGAAUGACUUCAAAAAAAUGAUCGAGGAGCUGACAAACAGACUUGUGAAGCUUAUUCGGGGCGCUCUGCUCCCCACCACUUUACCGCAAGGAGAGCUUCGUGUUUAUGGAGGCUGGGAGGACAAGACGGAGCUGACCGGAGCCUGGUUCACGCAGAUCAUCCACACUGUCAGGGGUUGUCACGAGGCGCUGUCCACUUUGGAGAUCCCGAAUGAUUUGCUGCAAGUGAUCCAGGAUCUGCUGCUGGACCUGAGGGUCCACUGCCUGAUGGUGACUCUGCUCCACACGUCAGAAGAUGUGAAGAGGCUUGCCGAAAAGGAAGAUUGGGUUGUAGAUAAUGAGGGAAUCACCAGUCUGCCUUCAAAGUUUGAACAGUGCCUGGUCCACAUGCUGCAGUCACUGAAAGAGCCGCUGGAAAUCAAAGCAGGAGAAAUCAAUGUUCUGCAGUUAGACCAGGUCCAGGACAAGGCAGCACAGCUCAGCGUGAGCAUCAUGAAGGUUUUUAUAAACUGUUUGGAACAGCUGAGUAUGAAGGCAGAUGAAGACUUUAAUGUAUCUCACAACGUUUCAGUGGACCUAUCCUCUCCUGAUCGGUUUUCCGGCAUCCAGGACGGAUCCAUUCCGACAUCUGAGCAGCGCCUGUUGAUCAUCCUGAGUAACUGCCAAUACCUGGAACGGCACACCUUCCUGAACCUGGCCAACCACUUCGAGAAGCACGGCUUGACAGGGACAGAGAAGAUCAAUCGGGUGAGUGUAGACGCCGUUCGGGAGUUGGACGGUAAACUUUUUGAAGCUUACAUCGAGAGACGAGCCGAUCCAAUCGCCGGUUCCUUGGAGCCCGGCAUGUAUGCUGGAUACUUCGACUGGAGAGACUGCCAGACACCUGCAGGUGUAAGGAACUACCUGAAGGAAGCUCUUGUAAACAUCAUAGCCGUCCACGCUGAGGUCUUCACCGUCUCAAAGGACCUGGUUCCCCGGGUUUUGUCAAGAAUCGUGGAAUCGGUAGCGGACGAGAUGUGUCGCCUUAUGCAAUGCGUGUCAUCCUUCAGUAAGAACGGAGCCCUGCAGGCCCGACUCGAGCUCAGCGCCCUGAGAGACGCAGUGGCCGCAUACCUAAACCCUGAUAGCAACACCAGCUUCAAGCAGGCGUUGGACUCGCUGCCUCAGUUGCACAGCGGGGCUGAUAAGAAGUUACUAGAGGAGCUGCUGAACAAGUUUAAGAGCAGCAUGCAGCUCCAGCUCACCUGCUUCCAGCCUUCCAACAUCCAGCCCAUCAAGAGAUAAUCUCAGUCCACCUUCUUCUCCACUGCCCUGCAUCAUCUCGUAAUAACCUGUAUGCAGUCAUCUAAAACUGCAGCUAUUAUCUGCUCUCUUAUAGCUUUAUCAUUUACUCAUAACUGUUUUCUUUUCCUCUGUAUCACUUUCAAUUUCUGCUUUACUAUGAUAAACACAAAUGUCUGUAAAUCUAAUCUUGAAGACACUAAAUGAGUGGAUUUCAUUGUUACUGUGCAGGACAGUCCCAUCUGUGUUGGUUAUGCUAAUCAUGCCUGACCAUAAAUGAGUUCAUGUGGGGAUCUUGAGUGUUUGAGAAAACACUGGAUCAUUGGCUGGAUGCAGAGUCUCCUCUCAGACUGAACUAGUCCAAAUCAGGAUUUAUUUAAAGGAUGAAAAGUUGCUGUAGUUUACAAUGUGUGUUAAUAAAAGAAAUCUACACUCCAUAA